AUGGCGCGACCGAGCAUCAGCGACCUUACCGGCGACCACGAUCUUGCUCGAAUAGCGCGCGAAACAUGGCUGGCGACGCCGAAUCCGCCCAAAGUGCUGCCAGCAACAGUCGGCAAGCUCUGGAAGCUCGUUGAAGACGACCAGUUCGGUACCUUCUCCCUACUACUCCUGGAACAACUCCAAGCGCUCGAGCGAUACCUAUGGCCUGGCUACACGUCAGAAGCCUCAAAUCAGCACGUGCUAUUACUUGCUCUGCUUGUAAACACCAAGCGACAAGAACGUCUACCCAUAUGGCCAUAUUUCGCGAAUAGCCCAGAUGAAUUUUCGGAUCUCUUUAGGAGAAUAGUUCAUCUGAGCGUGGAUCAGUCUCUUUCGACUACCCUGCGGACAUACCUGCUCACCUUUGUCGUCGCCGCAUACCAGAGCCUGGAUCAUGGGAUCGUACGAAAAGAAUGCGCUCCGUUGGUUUCGAUAGGAAUAUGGCACAAUCUACAUAGCGACGUGGCGAGGGAGAAGCAGCUCGCGAAGGGCACGCAAUUGCAAAAAGCAUGGAGGGCGGCGCGCAAGAAGAUGGACAAUGCAGAUGCUGCUGGACAGGCGAGGCUCAGAUUUGAGAGGAGCUGGCUUCGUUCUCUGGUCCUCGAUUUCUUCGACAAGAUAUACGAUGCGGGAGUAGAUGUGGACACGAAACAGGAGAACGUGCUGUAUUGCGAGCGAUUCCUGGAAUUGCUCUGCGACCUACAGAGCCAGUUGCCGACCAGGAGAUAUGUCAAUACUCUCCUUCGCGACAUGAACAUCUUUGCGGCAGUUUCACUGUCGCCGCUGUUCCAGGAUGAGGAGUGCUUGAGAGAAAUGUACAAUCUGUUAGUGCAUUAUACUCACUUCCCCAUUGACGACCAGACGGGGCAGCAGCUCAGCAGACAAGACUAUGAGGAGGCUCAGAAUGCUGUUAUUUCGCGAUUGCAAAAGGUUGCACUCAAGCUCCAACCGGAGAAGCUGAAGAUCCUGGUUCUCGCCAAUUUCGGCGCAUUGUCACAGCGAGAGGAAAUUGUGGGCCAUCUGGAGGGUCUCACAGAUGCUGAGCUGCUCGCGCUGUGUCAGGAAAUGGGACUGCGGACCACCGAGUACCCCGAGAAGUCGCUUUUAGUCCGGGAUCGCGCAUUUCUGAUUGAGAUUCUUGCAUCAGGAGUUGAGAAGACAAUCUACUACACGGAGCGGCUACGUCCCAUGCGGAUCUUGCCGACCGAGGAGACCCUCUAUGAUCCAGCAGUCUUAAGGAUUGACGAGGAGGACCGAUCUAGGCCUCUCCCGAUUCCGAAACUGAACCUGCAAUAUCUCACCGUUGGCGAUUUCCUCUGGCGCUCAUUCAUUCUCUAUCGACACGAGGCACUCUAUGGACUACGCACGCAUCUCGAAGACACGAUAAAGCGCAUUCAACCUCGACGCGGCGGCAACAUGACACGCUUUGACGGCUUCUCGAAGAUGGCCAUGCCUAUUGCCAAGCCUGCAAUCAUUGAUACUGUAAUGCCUAGGGUUGGUGAAUCUAUCCCAGCGGAGGUCAAGGCGGAGAUCAUCCUCGAUGUGAGCCGCUUGCAACCAAACGUUAGAAGAGAAUGGGAGAGCUUGAGACCAGACGAUACUGUCUACCUCCUUGCUUUGCAUCCGGAUGAUCCUUCCAUGAAGCUCAUCAACGGUGGCAGCAAGCACACACCAGCGGAGACAAUGGGGCUGAAGUCGAUCAGAUGUGCAGAGGUCAUCAGUGUUCUUGAUGAGAAUAGCAGAGUGCUGCGAUAUAAUCAGGACGCACAAGAUCACAUUGACGGAAUUGCACGUCCAAGACAGCGACGCCUACUGCUGAGGUUGGAUGCCGCGGCUUAUAGGACUGACAAAGAGCGCGCAGACGCAAAAAAGGGUGAUGUCUACGACAACAUCAAUCUUGUUGUACGACGGCGGCAACGCGAGAACAACUUUACGCCCAUGCUCGAGAGCAUCAAGCAACUCGCCCUGUCAGAUGCUCCAUUGCCAGCUUGGUUUGAAGAAGUGUUCCUUGGUAUUGGCGACCCAGCCUCUGCGUCUUAUAAACGCCUAUCAAAGCGGCUCAAGAGUGUGGACUACCGGGACACGUUUCUUGACUGGCAACAUCUGAUCGAGUCCUUUCCUGGCAAGACCCUAGAGCCAGACCCAGCGAUGGAAGGUAUCUUCCCUCCGCCGUAUGUGCUUGAGACGGUGGAGUCGAAGGCUGCACCACCACCUGCACCAACGAAGGGCAAGAAGAGGAGACGAGAUCAGCCUGAUGGUCCAGAUCCUGCACUCACUGGUGAGACUUUCAAAGUGUCGACCUAUAAACCUCCCCAUAGCGGACCCUACCUUUCAGACGCCCCAAGGACGAACCACGUCCGUUUCACGCCAACGCAAAUUGAUGCGGUCACUGGCGGUACUCAACCGGGCUUGACGGUUAUCGUCGGCCCUCCAGGAACUGGCAAGACAGACGUUGCGACACAGAUAAUCAACAACAUCUAUCACGACUUUCCCCAGCAGCGCACACUGUUGAUUGCCCACUCGAAUCAGGCCUUAAAUCAACUAUUUCAGAAGAUCGCCGCCCUUGACAUAGAUGAGCGGCAUCUUCUGCGUCUGGGCCACGGUGAAGAGGACCUCGCGACUGACGCAAAUUAUUCGAAGGCUGGCCGCGUUGAGUCUUUUCUCGAACGUGGCGGCUACUAUCUCGCAGAAGUUCAGCGACUCGCAGAUAGCAUAGGCGCUCCAGGCGCACAUGGCAACAGCUGCGAGACCGCGGAGUACUUCGACCAGGUGCACAUCCAGCCCAGAUGGAAGCAAUAUUGGUCGAUUCUCAAGGCAGAAGAAGCUGGAGCUCAAGAAAUCAUAGCAGAGUUUCCAUUCCACGCGUUCUUCGCCAAUGCACCGCAGCCGCUCUUUCCACCAGAACUACCCAAGGCACAGCUCAUUGAGAUUGCCCAGGGCUGUGAGCGUCACAUUCGGCGUAUGUUUGAUGAGCUCGCAGACAUUCGACCAUUCGAAAUCCUGCGCGCUCAGCGAGACAAGUCGAAUUAUCUCCUCGUCAAAGAGGCCCGGAUCGUUGCGAUGACUUCCACCCAUGCGGCUAUCCGACGGCAGGAAAUCGCAGCCCUUGGUUUCCGUUACGACAACGUGGUCAUGGAGGAAGCAGCGCAAAUAACCGAGAUCGAGAACGUCAUACCAUUCAUGCUGCAAAAUCCUCGCAUCGAAGACGGAAAGCCGCCCGAGUCACGACUGCAGCGCAUUGUGCUGGUCGGAGAUCACCUCCAGAACUCACCCGUGAUUCAGAACAACAGCCUGAAGUCCUAUGCCAACCUUGAGCAAUCCCUCUUCCAACGUCUGACUCGCCUUGGAGUUCCGCACAUCAUUCUCGACGCCCAGGGUCGCUCGAGGCCUUCCCUCGCAGCGCUAUAUAAAUGGCGCUAUCCGACUCUCAGCAACCUCACUUUCACCUCGACUGCGCCCGAAUUUGUCGCCGCCAACGCUGGUUUCAGAUUCGAAUACCAAUUCAUCAAUGUCGACUCGUACAAGAAUCAAGGAGAGUCCGAGCCUUCGCCGCACUUUAUUCAGAAUCUGGGAGAAGCGGAAUAUGCUGUCGCGCUAUAUCAGUACAUGCGCCUCCUAGGCUACCCAGCUGAGAAGAUCAGUAUACUGACAGCGUACGCGGGCCAGAGAGCGCUGUUAAGAGAUGUCCUGCAACAUCGCUGUAAAGCCAACAGGCUCUUCGGUAUGCCUGGCUGGGUUGGCACCAUUGAUAAGUACCAGGGCGAGCAGAACGAUUACAUUAUCUUGUCACUUGUGAGAACGAAGACUCCUGGCUACUUGAGGGACCUGCGCCGACUUACAGUGGCACUUUCCCGAGCGCGGCUGGGACUGUACAUCAUUGGCAAGAAAGAAGUCUUUGAAAGCUCCCUUGAGCUUCGCGAAGCCUUUGGGCCUCUUUUUGAGCGGUCGACGAAACUCAGUCUGAUCAUCAACGAGAUGUACCCUACUGACCGCCCUGUCGAUGCGAGAGUGAAUGAAGAUGGUGUCGCCGAGAUGGAAGGCGUUGAACAUCUGGGAAAGUAUGUUUUCCAGAUGACGCAGGCGAAGGUGAAGGCUUUGAAAGAGGGCGGUGGUAGCUUACCGCCACCAGCGCAACCGCAAAGGGUUGAGGAUGACCAAGAUGAGGAUGAUAAAGAGGCCGCGGAAGAGGACGUAGAAGCGGAUGAUGUACAGGCAUGGACUGGAGGGAAUAAGGCCCUCUGA